CCUGCCCGCCGCCUGCCCGCCGCCGCCCCUGCGAGGGGCCCGGUCUUCCUUCGUGUGCCGCAGGCCUCCCUCUGGAGCUGAGUGGGCUGCCAGGCCGGGCCGGGCCCUGCCGAGGCCUCCGCCAGCUCAGCGCCUCUGUGCUGCCGUGGGCGUCUGUGAGAGGUUUUUCCAGGACACGAUCAUGGGUGAUCAAAUCCAGUUCAUUGUUGAGAAGCUCAAUCAGGAGCCCUUCAGGAAGAACUACAAUUUAAUCACGUUUGACUCUUUAGAGUCAGUGCAGCUGUUGCAGCUGCUCAAUGAUGUUCUGGGGGAGAUUGACCCGAAGCAUGCUGUUGACAUUAGAGAGGAGCUGCCAGAACAAACAGUUAAAAGAAUGUUGAGUCUUCUGGGUAUCCUUAAAUACAAACCUCCAGGAAAUAUAUCAGACUUGAGCACAUUUCGCCAAGGGUUAGUUACGGGAAGCAAACCUGUAAUUCAUCCUGUCUUGCACUGGCUUCUUCAAAGGACCAAUGAACUCAAGAAGAGAGCUUACCUGGCACGUUUCUUAGUAAAACUGGAAGUGCCAGCAGAGUUCCUACAGGAUGACACUGUGGCUGACAUCAACAAACAGUAUGAAGAGCUGAUGGAAGCAUUUAAAAACCUACAUAAGGAGUGUGAGCAGCUCAAAACAUCUGGUUUGUCUACUGCAGAAAUAAGAAGGGACAUCAGUGCAAUGGAAGAGGAAAAAGAUCAACUCAUCAAGCGAGUAGAGCGUCUUAAGAAGAGGGUGGAGACAGUACAAAAUCAUCAACGAAUGCUUGAAAUAGCAAGACAGCUUCGCUUAGAAAAAGAAAGAGAAGAGUCUUUGGCUCAACAGAAACACGAACAAAAAAAUCAGUUGUUCCACGCAGAGCAGAGACUGCAAAGAGCACAGCUCCAGCUGAAGGAGAUGCACCAUGCAGUAGUGGACUCAAAACCUGAAAGUUUAAUAAAGAAACUAGAAGAAGAAAUGAAUUUCAAUUCGUACCUGGUUACUGAGAAAAUACCCAGAGAGCUUGAAAGUAAGAAGAAUUCAGUGUGUUUGUUACAAAAGGUGGUUGCAGAGCCAGCUAUGAGUCAGUCUGAUCUCAGUAGCAUUGAAAUGAAGAUAAAUGAAGUAAAUGCAGAAAUGAAUCAGCUUAUUGAGAAAAGAAUGAUGAAAUAUGAGCCAAUUGAUAGUAAAUUUUCCAUGUACCGCCAACAGGCAUCGAUAAUUUCCCGGAAGAAGGAAGCCAAGGCAGAAGAACUGCAGGCUGCCAAGGAGGAGAUGUCCAGUGCUGAAAGGCAGAUGCUGCAGAAGACCAGUCAGGCCCAGGAGUUAGAAGGUGCUGAUGUUCUGAAAGGGGAUGAGUUUAAACACUAUGUUAAUAAGCUGCGGAGCAAGAACACGUUUUAUAAAAAGAAGCGACUGGAAAUAGCAGAAAUUACAGCUGAGUAUGGAAUCCUCCAGAGGACAGAGGAGCUGCUGAAACAGCGCCACGAGGCCCUUCAGCAGCAGUUGCAAGCUAUAGAAGAGAAGAAAGGUAUUUCUGGAUAUAGCUACACCCAGGAGGAGCUGGAAAGAGUAUCUGCAGUAAAGAGUGAAAUGGAUGAAAUGAAAGGCCGGACUCUAGACAACAUGUCUGAAAUGGUAAAAAAACUAAAUGCUAUGGUGGCAGAGAAGAAGGCAAGCCUGGCUCCUGUUAUCAAAGAACUGAGGCAGUUGCGUCAGAAGUGCCAGGAAUUAACUCAAGAAUGUGAUGAAAAAAAAAUCCAAUAUGACAGCUGCGCAGCGGGGUUAGAGAGCAAUCGCUCUGCGCUGGAACAGGAAGUGAAAGGACUUCUUGAGGAAUGUGUUCAGGAAGAAAGCAACUACCAUUAUAUUAACUGCAUGAAAAGGAAUCUAGAAGUACAGCUGCAGCGUGCUAAAGAAGAAAUGAAGGUUUAUGUCUCCCCAGACCCCCAGGAGAGACGAAAGGCAAUUCGAGAACAGUACACACGGAUCAUCCUUGAACAGGAAAACCUUGGGAAGAAAUUACGAGAGAAGCAGAAAGUGGUACGGGAAAAUCAUGGGCCAAAUAUGAAGCAAAUUAAAAUGUGGCAGGAUUUUGAGCUGUUAAUGGAAUGUAAGAGAGAAUGUUUUCUGAAACAACAAAAUCAAACAACCAUUGGUCAAGUCAUUCAGGAAGGAGGUAAAGAUAGACUUGUGUUAUGAAUUCUUCCUUCCUGACACCAAUUGAGGAAGACUGUGUUAGCUUUCUAAAGGUAGCCUCUUACUAAAUACUGUUAAUUUUAUCAGUUCUGCAGUUUGCUGUACAUUAUUUAGUUUUGGUAGAUAAAUAAAGCAAUCAACUAACCUCUCUGCAAA